UAAAAUGCGGUAAUUGCGGUAAUUAAUAAUCGAGCAAGCAUCGCGCGGUAACGCGAUACGGUAUGCGCGUAUGUUUCUCUUUCGGUGAACGAUGAACGACUGUGGUAGCGCGCGAUAAAUCCGCGUGAGAAUCGGUCCAUUUCCUUUCGAACGGUCGAGCGGAAAAUCGAGAAGAUGAACGACAUUAUGGGAGAGGCGGCAUCGGGCUCGAUUUCCUCGAGCGCCACCCCUGUCGUCAAUCCUGCCAACAGCUCCACCGCUAUCAACGGGAACAACAACAUCGAUAACAAUGGGAGCAACAAUGGGGGCAGCAACAAUGGAAAAGCGGGAAAUAUGACGGGCGCGGUGGCGGCGAACGGAGGCGAGAGAAUCAGCGCCGCGGUUACCAAAGUUCUUCAGGGAUACGAUUGGACGUUGGUACCUGUUGCUACCAAGGGUUCCGGUGACAAGAGAGCAGCCCACGUGAAGAGACCGAUGAACGCGUUUAUGGUGUGGGCUCAGGCCGCGAGGAGAAUACUCGCCGAUCAAUAUCCACAACUUCACAACGCGGAGCUGUCCAAGACUUUGGGCAAACUUUGGCGGUUGCUGUCGGACAACGACAAGAAACCGUUCAUCGAGGAGGCUGAUCGGCUGCGCGUGAUCCACAAACGCGAGCAUCCGGACUACAAGUAUCAACCCCGUCGGCGAAAGCAAAACGGGCCGUCGGGGAGGGAGGGGUCGCCGUCGAGGAACCAAAGCAACGUGACUUUCAACGUGUCCAGGUCGUUGAAGCAGGAGGACGCGAGUCCACGCCCCGUCCAGGGGCCCAACUCGCCUCAGAGCGGAGUCAGCUCGUCCCCCCCGACCACCCCUAAUCAAGGAUUGUCGCCACCCACUCCUCCCACCACUCCCCGCGGACAGCAUUACGCGAAUCAGGGGAAUCAACCGCAACCGAGCGCAACCAUGUACCACCAUCAUCAUCAAGAGUUGGGAAUAGGUAGCUCGACCACCGAGUCGUCGCAUCAACACCAACAUCAGCCGGGAGUCGAUUUCAGGUACAUCGAGGUGGGUGACGGUCUACCGAUCGAGGAGGGCCAAUUGAACGGACUCGGAUCGUUGGCAGCCGUUGGUCUAAAUCUUCCGUUGAACCUUCAAGAGUGCGAGGUGGAGAGCAACGAGUUGGACCAGUAUCUUCGCCCUCAAGCGGUGCCUCCACCGGUGCACGUACCACCAGCGCCUACCACCACCACCACCUCGUCCUCGUCCCCGUGGAUAUUCAACAGAUACGACGAAGAGAUGGAGAGACCGAGCAAGCGACACUGCUCGGAACCGCAGCCGAUAGGCGAAACUUCCUGGGAGGAUCGAGCACAGGCGGACAUAGUCAGAUAUCACGAACUUCAGCCCCCUCUCCCCCCCAUGCAAUACAUAUCCUCCUCCCACAAUUCGCACUAUUCGCACACGAGCACGCAGAUGAGCCAUCCGCACGUGUCCACGUCCUACGCGCAAUACCAACGUUACGUACCUGGUAUCGAAACUUGGCCUCAUUACAUGUAAGCGGGAAGGGGGAGGCGAACCUUAAAAGAGAAAUUACACGCACACACAUACACACACACACACAUACACAGCAACGAAGGAUCCUUGUUGUUGGGAGUUACGAUUCCUCCGCAUCUCCCUCCUCAUUUCGAUCCAGUUUUUUUUUUUUUUUUCCCCCUAACAGAUUUUAUCGCUGAUUUUGUUCACAAUCCCGUCUCUGUAAGCACGCGUACGCGUUCAAGUGUGCAUAAUAUAAGUGUGUGUGUAUAUAUAUAUAUAUACACACAUAUAGAAAGUUGUGUACGUCGUGUAUAUACGUUAACGUACGUAUGCGCGCAUUAACAGAAGAGGAAAAUUGGAUCGUGCGAAAUCUAUCGACCGGUUGGAAGUUUCCGCGUUUCGUUCGCGUUGGAAACGCGUUGCUCCGAUCGUUGGACGCGUCGAAAGAGAAGGACGCGAGAGAAGCCACGAUCUUACUCCAUGACAUCAUUCCAUGACAGUCGGCCAUUCCAAAGCGCAGAAUUUCAGGCUAAACAAACAGCACGCUCGAUACGAUACCCUGCCGCGUGAUCUAAAUAUAAUAAUAAUAUAUAAGGCUUGAAGUGUGCGUAUAUACCGGCCUUUGCGCUCGCGAGAGACCGAACCGGCGUACGCCGCUUGCUUGCCACGCUCUUCAAAAUAAACUCGCGAAAUUCGAUCGCGAUCGUGGUCGAGUCGCGAAAAACCACUGCUCUCUCUCUCUCUCUUUCUCUCUCUCUCUCUCUCUCCGAAUAUUCGAACGAUGGAUCGGCCACCGCCGGCGGAUGUAUCACUUUUUCUUUCGGGGAUCGAGUCGAUUUCAGUCAGAAGAAUCUCAACGGGGAGGGCGAUCGUAUCGAGCGAUGAAUCGCGAGACGAGAAGCACGAGAAAUCGUCGAAGGUAAAUAAGGUAUUAAACGCCGAUAACCGUGCUUUUGUACUUACAUUUAUCGUUUAGAUAUACGAUUUAUCGCGCAUCCUGUAACAAGCGCGAACUUGCGUAGAACUUGUAGUGUGUACGUUUAACGGGCGAGCGUUCGAAUUAAGCGUUAAUUUAUAAGUAUGACGAUAUGUUGUAAGAUUUGUCCGAAAAAUAAAGGAGAAAAAAAAAAAAAGAAGAAAGAAA